GUAAAAUCUAUAACAGAUUUUGCAGUCGGAGACGCGCUAUAUACAGAAAAUAAUUCACAAUCUACUGAUUUACGACAACUGAGAAGUGCUUUCGGAAGUGAGUCUCCUUCUUCCUCUUCCGGCCGCCAUAUUGGAAAAAAAAGUGAAAGUUCUGAAAACAAAAGUUCUCGCCCUAUAUCUCACCAAACAACGUCCGACUCACACGGUAAUAUAGCCCAACAAAAAGCUACGAGUACACCACAAGCCCAGGAGGUGCUUGUUACCCCGAAUCCAAAGGAUAACUUCAUCCACUUCCACCACGAGAGGCCAUUCAAAAAAACUAUUCAAGAGACACUGCAAAACUUCACUUAGAACCAACACUUUCAGCUUGAGAGUAAUCAGUGACUGGAAUAGUCUCCCAGAGAACGUCAUAAGUUCAGACUCUAUCACCACCUUCAAAACGAGGCUCGACAAAUUCUGGUCAGAAAAACACUACACCAUAGCAUAGCACGGCGGAACAACAGCGCGCACCCUUGAAGUACUGCAACAAGAAGACCAGUCUGCAAGUC